GGUUUUUUUUUAUAAAGCCCUAACCUACAACUUGCACGCCUGAUUCAGUGUUCAUGAUUUCUUUGGUACAUGCCUCCAUGUACAAUAAGAUUGUACAUUGUGCUAUUUAUAAAAGUUUUAGCCCACCUAAGGGCUCUAAAUGGACAAGGGACUCGAAAUUCACUGUAAUUCAUUAUUGUAUUCCUGACUUAAAAGAUGUCACACAUUUAUUUUGAUGAAAAUUGACGAUUAUUUUCUGAGAAGAAAGUUUUCUAUUUUUUUUUUUUUUUAAAGUUUACGUCGAACUCAGGUGACCUAAUAAAUGACUGUUGUUAAGGCAAAGAUAGAUAUACAUGGACAUGCACUCUGACGAUUUAAAAUUAAAAUAUUUUGUGUGCGCACCAUAAUUUUUAAAUACAUCUUGAAGGUUUACGAAAAACAUCAACAUAGGUUAUUUUAUCAAUACUAUUAUUUUUGUUGUUUUUAUUUUCAUUUUCCCCAUUUUUCUUCUAAUAAUAGAACUGGAUUCAAAGUGAUACUGGGAUUCCCCUGUCUUCACGAAAUACUUCCUGUUUUGAAUGACAAUUUACACCAGUAUUCAUAUGGAUGUUAAACGGCAAUCAAUGAUGCUGCCCUGCACCUAUCCUUUGAGUCGGUCAAGAUAGUCGCAGCCAGUGACAUUGAUGAAGUACAAAUGCAUGGUGUUUUUUUUUUGUGUUUUGGGGGUUGUUUUUUGCUUUAUGAAUAUAAAUAUGAAGAUUCAAAUUCAUACACUAGGGUAAGUACAUUUUAUGAGAAAUGAAUGAGAAUGACCACAAUACACAAAUAAAUGUUCUGUAGUGUCAGGCAUAUAGUCGUGUACAAUUUUGCUUAUUCAUUGUUUUGGAUCCAUAUAUCGUUAUCACAACUAAUCACGUGUACACCGACGAUGUCCGUGUUCCGUCUUUCUGUUUGGGAAUGUUGAGAGAAAGGAUAAUAGAUUUUUGUUUGUGGUUGUAUCGUUCGAAAAUUUUUCACUUAUGUAGAGAACUUAAGCAGCUUUAGGUUAGUGCAACACAUUUUGACCUAUGCAAGACACUUACUUCCGUAAUGGGACCUACGAUGUUUAACGUCAUGUCUACAAGACCAGUGACUUUCACUUUUAAUGACCGGAGCUUGGCGAAGGACCAAUCGACUGCCUUGGUUGGAUGUAGCACCUGGAUUCACAACCAACUGUCUACAAUUACCUAGGAUUACCUACAAUUUAAUGUAAUUGCAAAAGUUGCAUUAGGAAGAUGCAUUUUCAAGAAAUGUUUAAAAACAAAAUCUUAAUAUCAAAAAUUUCUAACAUCACAUGAUUACUACGUAUAUACGGAAGUAGAAGUUUCUCUAUGUAUGAAACUGCCAUUUGACAGGAAAAAAAAUGUGAAUGGCAGCAUCGGUUAUAGAAUCUAGUUUAGUCAAAAUUUCAAAUAGUCGCCUCAUUAAGGCAAGCUUGUCUAGACGAGCUAAAAUGAUCUUUUGUUGACAUAGUCCGGUAUCUCUAUCUUGACGGAAUAAUUAUAUUGACCAAAAGUUAUAAAGAUUGCAGAUAAUAAUAAUAAUAAUAUUUAUUUAUUUAUAUAUCGCCCUAUAUGACUAUAAAUAACCACUCUAACGCGCUGCACACAAUAAAAAUGAUACAGCAUGUUAUAAACGUAGUAAAAGGAAAUUAUAAUAGCAUUAAGACAGAUAAUAUCAAAACAAUGCUAGAAAAACAUCAAUAAUGUGAAGUAAAAUUACUAAAAUCUAAAACAUGAUAUGCAUGAAAAAGUUUCACGCCGUACAAUCAAAUGAUAUAAAAUACAAUAGUUGAAAUAAAUAUACUAUUAUACACUUGAAAAAGUCAUGUUAAAAUGAUGGUAAAGAAACCAUAAAGAUUUAACCACCUAUAAUACUAAUAAUAUGCAAGUCUAAAAAGAUGUGUUUUUAAAUGUUUUUUAAAAGUGUUCAAAUUCUGACAAUGGCGGAGGGUAUCAGGCAGAGAGUUCCAGAGUGUAGCUGCUGCCACAUCCAAGCGCCUGUUUCCAUAUGUGGAGGUUCGACAUCUUGGUCUAACUAAUGUCGGUGAAUUUUUAGAUCUUAGGGAACGAUUCGGUUGGUAAACAGUGAUCACCUCCUCCGAGUAUUUUGGUGCCAUCUUCUGAAUCACCUUGUAUGCGUUGAGGAUAAUUUUGUACAUGUAUUGGCUGCGCCUGUCAAUAGGAAGCCAAUGUAAAGAAAUCAGCAUUUCUCUUGGUACGAGUGAUGAUUCGUGCUGCCAUAUUCUGUAUCCGCUGCAGUUUUGCCAAGGUAGCAGGGGACAGUUUCGCACUAUAGGCACGGUCAACUUUUUCAAAAAAUGGAAAUACCCCAUAUUUGAAGUGAUAUUACAUGUGUAAAAAUGUAUACAAUAAUUUUAGGAUGCAUGUCAAAUGUAGCUGAGUGCUUAAUAAAAAUGUUGAUAUACAACAUGUAGGUGUCACCAUGAUUCCUAGCAUAUAGAUGGGUGCAAAUACGAAACUAAGACACGUGGUCAGUUGCUGAAGAAAUUCCGGUGAAAACAUGCAGGGUCUAGCAAAAGGAAUGGAUGUCUCAAAUAAAUCAGCCAUUGAUACCCAUGCGGUGAAGAGGAAAAUUUCCUGCGCAAGAAAAACUACUCGUGAAUUCAACAACAAAAUAACCGACGUAAAUCUUGACAACGACUUAUCAUGCUUGCCUUGUAAAGUUUGCUCGUCUCAAUUGAAGAAGGAAGCGGAUGCAUUGAGUGAACAGAUUGAUAGAUUACAGUCUUUUUUUAAAGAUGGUUCUCCUCUGUUCUUCAAAUGUAGUUGUCACCCAACAUGGUCCGGUGACAUGGAAAAUGGUGCCGAAGAAUGUAGUUUUCAUUGGAGAAAUGUUCGAAAAUGUAUAUCUUCGACAAGGAAAACCAUGCGAGACUACAGUGAUAGAAUUGAUGAUGGUCGAAUCAGAGGCAAGGAUGUAGGGCCAUGCCAAACUUGUAAGAAUGGACUCGUUAAAGAAUGCAAAGGCCUAGAGGAAGAGAUAGAAACCAUGAGAGAGCACUUGAUGCGUGUGGAUGUCGACGUUGACAAAGAAAUUUGUAGCUGCAUGUAUGGGACGGAUGGGUGUAGUGUCAAUUUGAGACCACAAAAGCAAAAAGGAAGAAAAGUCAGCGAGUGCAGUGAUAGCGGGUAUUUAAGCACUGGAUCUAAAGUCUUAUCAAGCAUUGGCCGUAAUAGAGAGGGCAUAGAAUCGGAAGAUCAGGCAGCCUUACCCUUUCCACUCCAAGCACUCUCAUUGGUGGAGGAGGGAAACCGAACAAGUACUACCGAAAAUGGAAGCAGUGAAGUCCUAGAUCUAGAUGCAAUAAAACCAAGCAAAGAGGAACCUCAAAAAGGUCAAUAUGUGUCUAUAGACGUAAGUCUGGGAACUGGCGUGGGUGUUCAAGAAGAAAACAGCUCAACAGCUUAAACAGCAGGGAGAGAGAGAUAGGAAGAGAAAGAGAGAUAGGGAUAGAGAACAGUGUGAGAGAGGUGUUAUAAUUUAGUCAAUGUCCAAGCGAUAUAACCACCCAUAUGUCACACACUAGGCAGAGCUGAUAGGGUAUAAUAACCACCCAUAUGUCACACACUAGGCAGAGCUGAUAGGGUAUACAUGAUGGGUACUUAUUGUUUUUUGUUUUGUUUUAUGAUGUUUAUUUCAUUUUCAAAAUAAUGUAACAUAUACAAGUACUGUGAUAGCCUGUAAUAUGUGUUUGUAGUUAUUGGACACGAAUGUAGAGAAUAUCUUGGUUUUUUUCUCUCUGAAAUCACACGAAUUCCAUGUUAUACAAUGUCAACUAUUCACCAAUAUUUAUUGCAUUAUUAAAAACACUUUUUUGACAUAUUUUAAGGAAACAUGUUAGAUAGGUUUAUUUCAGGCCGUUCGUUUUCAUACUGUGUGUAUACAUAAAUAUAAGCUUAAUGGAACAUUUUGUACUAUUUACAAUGUUGUAAUAUUCUUCUUAUCUGUUGUGUAAAUGAUAUUCUGGUUCUCCCCUCACAAUUACAUGUAUCUUUUACGGAGAAAUGUGAUAAAUUGAAUAUGGUGCUACUGAGGACUGCUCACUGCUAUUUAGUGUAAUUUCUUUACGGGUAGUUUUAACGUUCAUACGCAAAAGAUAUUUGCAAAAUUGUCCCUGGGAUUUCUUCCGAUCAAUUCAAUGUUUUUUAAAGAAUAUAUAUAGCUUAUAGUCCUUACAUAAUAUCACCAGUUUUCAUUUCGUCUGAUGAUAUUUCUUUUCAAAAUUGAUGUAGUUUAUUAGAAAACAAUGUGAUACUUGUUAGUGAUAUUGCCUCGCAUAUACAUUUACGUCAUUUUAUAUCCAGUCAUUGAAGAUAUCAUGUCACUAAAAUUCAUUUUUUUUUUAAAAUUUGUAAUAUUUAUUCAACUAUCACAUUUUAUAUCAAAUUUAGAAGAAGAAAAAAAAAAAGAAGAGAAAAAAAAGAAGAAAGGAAAGAAGAGAGGAGAGAAAGUUAAAUAAAUGAAGAAAAAAAUACAUAAUAAUAAUAUAAUAUAAAUGGGACACAUGUUCAGUGUGGGGGAGGGGGGGGGGGGGUAGUAAGCAAAAUUAGUUUUCUAAUAGAAAUAUUAAUGAAUACAUAUAAAUUAUAACAUAUCACAUAUAUACUGCCAGUUGUUUUUAAACUCUGUAUAUUUACAUUGUUUUAAUAAUAAAAAAAUUUCCAUCAUGA